UAUUGGAAUAACUUUGGCAAAUGCGAUCAAACAAAAAUGUACGCAAUCCCAGUCUCCCGGAAAUCCACCACCAGGAGUCAAUUCAACCUUCAAAUUCCAAGAGAUUCAAAUUACGUCUGUUCUCAAGAAUUUAUCUAAACUAAAAACGAACAAAUCCACCGGUCUUGAUCGUAUUACCGCUCGACUAUUAAAAGAUGCUGCCGUAGUCAUCGCCCCAUCGCUAACCCAAAUAUUUAACCUAUCGCUAAGCUCAUCUACUUUCCCCCAAAUCUGGAAAAACGGUAGAGUCACACCUAUCUUUAAAUCUGGGGAGCGCUCAAACAUGUAA